AUGGCUUUGAAUCCUUUAGCAUGGGGUGCCGUGGUGGAUAGUGCUGCUGGUGGUUUAUCUGGUAGAAUAGCAAAAAUCAUCACCGAUGACAAGGCUGCAGGUCAAUUGGCAGGUGCUGUUGCUGGAACUGUAGCUGGUGGACUUGCAGGAGGCGUGGUUGGUGCCGCAACGAUUAGUGUUCUCAGUACAACAAUGGGAGCAGUUGGUGGUGGUUGUGCUGGAACUAUAUCAGGUUCAGUAUUAGGAUAUACAACCGCAGGAAUGACUUAUAAAGAAGAUCCUAUAAAGAAAUAA